AUGGACGAAGACAACAGUGUGAUCAUGGCCAGAGGAAAGAGGGUGGUGAGCCAAAAACUAAACUAUGGAUCAUAUGAUAAUUACAUUCCAGUCAGUGAAUUAAGCAAAAAAUCAUGGAAUCAGCAACACUUUUCCCUGGAAUUUCCCAAACCACAGCGGCCAGGAAAAAAAGCGAGAUCAAGACCUUCCCAACUACAAGCAAAUGCAGAUUUAAAACCUGAUGAAGACAAAUUAAAGGGAGGUUAUCAACGACCAUUAUGGAUGCACCGUUCUUUGAUGCAAAUUUCAGAAAGACCAUCUGUCUAUUUAGCUGCCAGGAGACGGCCUCCAACUCAUGGCCCGGUUAGAGCAGCAGCUAAAGAAGGCAAGAAGGACACAUUAGAGUCAGAAAGCGAAUCCGCAGUUUCAGGGGAGCUAAAAAUAACUAGGAAAGACUCAAAAAAAGAAACAGUUAGCAAAAAAGAUAAAAGUUCAAAAAAGAUCAAGGAGUCAACUACAGAAUCAGAAGCUGAAAAAGGAGAUACAAAGAAAGGUUCAAAAAAGGAUAAGGAAGGUCCAAAAAAGGGCAUGGGGUCAGAUGCAGAAUCAGGAGAGGAAAAAGGAUUACAGAGGAAAGAUUCAAAAAAAGAAAAGAAAGGUGCAAAGAAGGACAAGGAGUUAGUAGCUAAAGAACUAGUAGAGGGAAAUGAAUUGGUGAAGAAAGGUUCCAAAAAAGAUAAGGGUUCAAAGAAGCAAAAGGAGCUGACUGACAAACCUGGAGAUGAAAUAACAGAUGCAAAGAGCCCCAGUGACAAAGAGGAUGAAUCAAAAGACAAGAAAAAAAGCAAGAGAGAGGGCAAGAAAGAAGGCAAAAAAAGUAAGAAAGAAGGUGAGAAAGAAACCGAGAAAGAAGGCGAAAAAGAAGGCGAGAAAGAAGGCAAGAAAGGUAAGAAAGAAGGUGAGAAAGAAAGUGAGAAAAGUAAGAAAGAAGGCAAAAAAAAGAAGAAAGAAGGCAAGAAAGAAGGCGAGAAAGAAGAGAAGGAUACCAAGGGAGGGACUGAGACAGAAUCUUCUGAUGCAAAAAAGGAGAAAAAGAAGGAGAAAAAGAAGGAGAAAAAGAAGGAGGGAAAGAAGGAGGGAAAAAAGAAGUAGGCCUUGGAUAAUAAUUCAAAAGCAUAUUUACUGAAAGAGUAGUUCAAUAAUCUGAAACUAAAUUUAUGAAGAGGGAGCAGUUUGAAUAUUUA